AUGUCGGGCUCUUUUUGGAAAUUUAGUAAUGGACUUUCUUCAUUGUCAAACAUAUCGACACUUUUAGAAAACCAUUCAAAUGACCAAGCAUCAAACAAUUCUUCAAAUUCGAAAACAUAUGAUUUGUUGAUGAAAUUGCUAGAAGAAAAUGACUUGUUGCAAGAAUUGUUGUCCAAUAACUCUAUGUUAUUAGAAUUCUUGAGGGAGGAAGAAGUGUUGAGCUUAUUAGUUGAUUUAGUUAUUGAAGAAGGAAACAUUGAUGAUUCAUUAAGCACAGAUGUGAGUAAAUUGAAGUUGGAUAGUAAAGGAUAUGAGUCAGAAAUUGAAAAAGUUGAUGACAAGGAUAUAUCUGAAAGAAAUAAGAAAAAUGACAAGAAAGACAAUUUAGGCAAGAAGGCGCACGAUGCUGAAGAUGAAAAGCAUGUUGAAGAUGAAAAUCAAGAUGAUGAAAAGGAUGAUGAAGAAGAUGAUGAGGAAGACGAUGAAGAAGACGAAGAAAACGAAGAUGAUGAUGAUGAUGAGGAAAAUGCAGAAACUGAUAACGAGACUGCUGAAGACAGGGCUGUUCGUCAUGCCACUUUAGCAGCGGAAAUUUUGAGUGCUGAUGUGUGGUCAUUGACUGACACAGUCAUGGAGUCUACUGAAAACUUAAAUAAGUUAUGGUCUGUGUUAGAUUCAAAGAAACCACUCUCGAUCAAUUUAUCGACUUACUUUAUGAAAAUUAUGGAGCAUUUAUUAGACAUGAAAUGUGACGAGAUGAUUGCAUAUCUUAUAGAUAACCAACCUAAUUUGGUAAAGAAGUUUAUAAAUCAUUUAUCAAACCCGCCAUUAAUGGACUUCCUUCUUAAGUUGAUAUCAACCGAUAAACCAGAUAACUCAACCGGGAUUAUUGAUUUUUUGCAGAAUCAAGAUUUUAUCACUCAUUUAAUCAAUUCUCUCGAUAUAACUGGUGAUGAUAAUGCAUCAGAAAAUUAUGACAUUUUGUUAGUCAAACAGUCAUCUGCAGCAGAUUUUUUAAAGGCGUUGAUUACCAUUUCAGCUAAUUCAACGACAGAUAACUCGACUAUUGGUCCUAAUGAGUUGACGAGAGAGUUGGUUUCAUAUGAUCAAAUGGACCGUUUGUGUAAAAUAAUGUUAAAAGGCGGAUAUGCCUUAGCUAAUGGUGUCGGUAUUAUUAUAGAAAUAAUCAGAAAAAACAAUUCGGACUAUGACAUUUUACCUGUUUUAUAUAUCACUCUAGAAAGUCACCCUCCCACUGGUAGGGAUCCUAUCUAUUUAGGUCACUUACUCAAGAUAUUUGGUAAUAAAAUUGAGGAUUUCAAUAAGCUAUUGAUGGAUGAAAACAGCAGCACGAAUUCCAUCUUAAAAACUCCGUUUGGUGAAAUAAAACCACUAGGAUUUGAAAGGUUUAAAAUUUGCGAAUUGAUUGCUGAAUUAUUACACUGUUCAAAUAUGGCAUUAUUAAAUGAUAAUAAAGGUUUUGACGUCGUUAAGGAGAGAGACAUAUUGAGAAAUAAAAUGAAAGAGUUCGAUCCUGUUAGUUUCAAGUACAAUGAAGUCAUUGUUUUACCUAACAAUGAAGGCGGGAAUGACAAAACUGAUAGCGAGAAUGAUAAUGACGGGAAAAACUCCCGCCAUAACGAAGAUGAUGAUUUCGCUAAUGACACAAUAGACUCAUUUAACUCUAAACUUAAUCAUGAGAAUGACACGAUGAUUCAAUAUCAAAACCCAGAUCAAGACGAUGAAGAAGAGCCUCAUGCAAAUGCAAAUUUAUCAGAAGAGCAAAUAAGAGCAAACCCUGUUAUAGGUGACUUCUUAAAAAUAUCCUUAUAUGAUACUCAAAUCAUUUCCAAUAUUUUAUUAAUGUUUUUUCAAUUUCCAUGGAACAACUUUUUACAUAAUGUUGUUUUCGACAUAGUUCAGCAAGUAUUGAAUGGAUCGAUGGAUAUUGGAUUUAAUAAAUUUCUUGCUAUUGACUUAUUUCAUUAUGGUGAUAUCACAAACAAAAUUAUUGAAGGUCAAAAACUUUGCACUGACUUUGAAGACAACCAUAAUGGAUUAAGACUUGGUUUCAUGGGGCACUUAACUUUAAUCGCUGAAGAGGUAGUAAAAUUCAUUCAAUUAUAUCCUACACAUACCUUGAGUGAAUUAAUUGACUCCAAGGUGGAAGAUGAAAUAUGGGAAGAGUAUGUUAGUCAUGUAUUAUAUGAUACAAGGGAGAAGUAUAACGCAAUUUUAGGUGGCGGUGAGGACGAUGAAGAGGAUGAUGAUGCAUCUAAUACUUUUGAUGAGGGUACCGGUGAAAUAAUUGAGCAAAAUGAUUUCAAGCCAGGAUUACUUCUUGAUCCCAAAACUGACCAUGAUAUAAUUGGAAGCGGUUUUGAGGAAGGUAGUAAAGAUGAUGGUCAUUAUGAAGAGAACAAGUAUCAUGAAAACGCUGACACAAUAAAAUCAAACUCGAGUGAUGAAUCAUCCGAAGAUGACGAUGACCACUUCACAAACUACAUGUCCCAACAACUUACAAAUACAGCUUCUACUGAAAUACUGUCUUCUGUCAAAUCUCCUAACGACGAAGAGUUUUCUGAAAAGAAUGAUUCGUUCAAGAGAAUUCCAGGUGAUAUAAAUAUACAUACCGAGAAUGAUGAGAUGGACACGGAUGAAUAUAUUGACCCCAAUGAUGAUGGUUUGUCUUAUAAAAAAUCACAUCCUUUAUAUGAUGCCAAGGGGUCAUUACUCAGUGCUUCCAGUCGUGAAGAUGAUGAAAUAUCUAGUGAAGAUUCUAGUUCCAGCUCUUCCGAUAGCGAUGAUGAAAUAAUUCUUGAUGAUGAUAAUGAAAGUAAAAUUAAUGAAAAGGGGUCUAAUGGUAAUAAAUUAUCUAGAUCUGCAAGUAGAAGUUGA